UGUCACGUACUCAUGUUGACGCCUACGAACAUAUUUGUGCAGGAGAUUAAGGUGGUACCAGCAAAGGCCAAGAUCACGGACAUGGUAGCCGUCCGCCAUUGGUGCGGUGGUGGCGGCGAACAGAAGAGUACGCUCAUACUUCUCUGCGAGGACGGGUCAUUGCGCAUGUACGCAGCGAGUAACGAGAACACAGGGUAUUGGCUCGCGCCGACCAUACAACCCACGCAUGCGCCGCGACGACGACCUAAACAGCCGCUGCACCAUGCCAAAGGAAAGGCACAGCAGACCGUCACGAAGUCAAGCGCGAAUGGCACGCCGCAGUUCCCUAUCGACUUCUUCGAGCAUUGUGUCGCCAUGACCGACAUCGAGUUUGGCGGUAACGACCUGCUGCAAGUGUACAACACGGCGCAAAUCAAACAUCGCCUCAACACUGCAGGUCUAUACGUAGUUUCCACGAAAAUGAGUGGAUUCUCGAUGGAAGUGAUCAACUCUGAUCCAAAUAUGGUUAUUUGCGGUAUAAGAGUGCUAUUAGGCAGUCAGGAUGUUGCCAGAACACCAUCAUUUAUCGAGGUAUACGGUAGGUCGAUCCAAACGGUCGUUGUUCGCAACCGUUGGUUUGACAUCCCACUUACAAGGGAGGAGUCAUUGCAAUGCGACAAGAAACUGCUCCUCAACUUCGGUCCGUCGCAGGACCCUGAUGGAGUAACAAUGGUUGAUUCUAUUAAAGUUUAUGGCAAAAACAAAGAGCAAUUCGGUUGGCCCGAAGAGAAUGAGGAUCCUUCCGCAUGCCCGUCGUCCAGUAAAGUCGUCCAAGAAGCAGAAGGAGCUAGCGGCGCAUGGAAACCCAGUCCACUGGAACGUCUGGCUUGCGCGGCGUUAGAAGCGUUGGCUGGCGCCGGCGCGGCAGCCAGCACGGGCGCGGCGGCGGGGCUGAGGGAGGUGCUGAGGCGGCGCGCAAGCUACUGUGCGCCCGCGCCGCCGCACCUGCACGCGCGUGCGCAGUGCUGCUUACGGGCCGUCCACCACUCGCACUACCAUCAGUACAAGGAUCAAGCAAUACUUAAAUACGUAUGCUCAUCGCUGCGAGAACUGCGCGACACCCCCGACCCGCACAAUAUCGAUCCGGAGGCAUACUUCAGACUGAUGCUACUGGCACGUGGUGUGGCUGUGGCGCGACCACAUCACCUUGUAAAGUUCAGCGUGCCCACGCCGCAGAAGCCUGCUAACAGUGACUGGUCGGUGCUAUGGAAGAGUGUGACAGAAGAGGAUAAGAAGAAGGAGCCGCACCUGUGCGUGCUGCUGACGAGCGUGCUGUGGCGACUCACCGCAUGCCGCAGUAGCACCGGCGGGCCGGGCGGCGGCGGCGGGCCGCCCGCCGUGCUGUCGUACGGGCUGCGACACGCGGAGCACACGCUGCACGCGCUCGCCGACGUUAUACACGCCUUCCAGCUGCAUGCCGAUAACGAAUGUAUCGAAUUCGGAAAUCAAAUCUAUUUAUCACUGCUGCUCGCCGAGGAUCAGAAUAUAAGUUUCGGUACCAAGGCCGCUCUAAUGCGAGUCCUACGUCCCAGGGUCAAGAAACGACGCGUAUUCAUUCCAUCUCCGCCCAACACUCCAGGCGCCGGUUCCUCUGUGACAACUGCCCAGCCUGCGAGCUCCAUUACUGAAGCAGUGGUCUCCGAGUCGGAUCUGAGCGCGAACAGAGACGAACAAAGGGAGGAGCAACAGUUCAUGGAUGUCGACGAUUCACUGGAACCUAUGGUGCUUCUCGCGCCUGACGGGGGCUUAGAAGCGCUAUUGGACAUCCCGCCCGAUGCGGACGAUGAGACGAUGGUGGAGCUAGCGAUCGCACUGUCGCUGCAAGAGCAGCCGCGCCGCGCGCCCCCCGCACCCUCCGCGCCGCCGCCGCCCGCGCCCGGCUUCAGCGACGCCACUGCUUCUCCGCCCGGGUCGGACGACGAAGGCAGCACGGCGGCGACGGACGGCAGCACGCUGCGCACGUCGCCAGCCGAGCCGCCCGGCUCCGCCGGCUCCGAGAGCGGCGGCUCCGGCGCCGACAGCAUCGGCGGAGUGUCCGGACGUAGCAGCGCAUAUGGAGAGGUGUCGGGUCCCUCAGCGGGGCCGAUGCCUGCCUCCAACGCGGCGCCUGCCUCUUUAGCAGCAGGCCCGUGCUCGUCGUCCGCGGUGGCGGCGUCGACGUCGCGCGCGGCGGAGGCGGAGAGCGAGACGCGCAAGCUGCACGCGCUGCGGCUGGCGCUGCUGUCCGCCGCGCUCGACGCGCUGCCCACGCUGCGGCACCUGCCCGGAGUGCGCGCCAUACCGUUUGUGCAGGUGGUUCUCAUGUUGGCCGGUGAUCUCGAUUCAAGCGUAGAAAGCGACCGUGCAGUCCUAGACCGACUGCUGGAACUCUUGGUCGCAGAACUAGACAUACAACCUGAAGAGACCACUCCAGCGGAAGACCGCACCGACAGGCGCGAGCUUCAACUAGCCAUCAUGAGACUCGAACUGCUAGUGUCCGAGUUAGACAUGCAAGGGGAGGAGACCAACCCGCCCAUACAUGAGAGGACCAAUAGACGCGAAUUGCAGUUGGUUAUCAUGCGACUUCUCAGCGUGUUAAUGGCCCGUUGGAAGACAACUGGUAGUACCAGUGGCGGCGCUAGCGGUAGUGGCGGUGGUGGUGCAAGUGCCAGCGCUAGUGGCAGCGCUGGGGCGGGCGCGGCUCCACGCGACGCGGUCGGCGCGAGCUGCGCGGCGCACGUGUCGCGGCUCGCGGCGGCGGCGCUGGUACGAGCCGGUGCGCCUGCGCAUUGCUACAAAGUGCUUGCGCAUCUCUUACCUUACUGGAAGGAUAAGGCCUCUAAUACCGGCACUACAGCGCCUGGACAACAAUUGCUGAAGCCGCAACCACCGCAACCUUUGCCUGAUAUGCAACCGUUCUUCGCCAAAGAAUAUGUUAAGAGUCACGCUCUGGAUGUAUUCGACAACUAUCCGCAACUGCUAAUGGAAAUGGCUCUUCGUCUGCCGUGCCAGAUUCACAAGCACUGUGAUCCGGCGCACUUUGACGCACGCUGGCGCACUUUGCUCUGCGAGUAUAUGAUGAAUCAACAAACACCACUGAGGAAGCAAGUGCGCAAGCUGCUGUUGCUGUUGUGCGGCACGCGCGAGCGGUACCGGCAGCUGCGCGACGUGCACGCGCUCGACACGCACCUCAACGCUGCGCGCGCGCUGCUCGCCACCGACCCCGCGUACGACAAGCUCGUGCAGCUCAUGGACCAUCUCAAGGCGUGUGCGGAAAUCGUCAGCGCCCGAACAGGCAACUGGCAACACACGUGCCUGACGGAGAGACGCGAAGCUCUGCCGUGGCUGGUGUCGGUGGCGCGGCGCGUGCACCCGCACGUGGCGCCUACAGUGCUGCAGCUGCUGCAGGCCGCUUUGUGUGCGCCUGCGCAUCAACGUACUGAAAAUAAGCAAUCACCCGAAUGGACUGAACGCGAACGCAGUUCAGAAAAUGACUCUUUUGUAUCCGACGGAUCCAAGUUCCAGGAGCAAAAGGUCGCGCCGCUCGUUCAACAGAUCUUAAAGCAGGUGUCGCAAGACGAGCUAAGAAUAUUUGUGAAGGCGUUCUUAUUGGAGACCAACUCGACGGCGGUGCGUUGGCAGGCGCAUGCUCUGUUACUCGCUAUCUACAACAACUGUACGCAGUCGGAACAAGCGUCGCUCGUCUCCCUUCUGUGGGCUAUUUGGCCGACACUUCCGCAGUACGGACGGAAAGCUGCGCAGUUUGUCGACUUACUCGGCUACUUCACUUUGAAGACACCUGACAUUGAUACCGAGAAAUAUGUAGGAAGCGCUGUAGAAUUACUGCGUAACCAAAACCAGUUGCUAUCGUCGCACGGCAACGCAGCUUUGUAUGCCGCGUUGGGCGCGUACGUGGAACUCGACGGGUACUACCUCGAAUCGGAGCCGUGCCUCGUUUGUAACAACCCCGAGGUGCCGCUCGCUACCAUCAAACUACCCACCAUAAAGAUCGACUCCAAGUUCACGACGACCACGCAAAUAGUGAAACUGGUGAACAGUCACAUGAUAAGCCGCAUCAGCCUGCGCAUCGGCGACAUCAAACGCAGCAAGAUGGUGCGCACGAUCAACUUCUACUACAACAACAGGACCGUGCAGGCGGUGCAGGAGCUCAAGAACAGGCCCGGCAUGUGGCACAAAGCCAAGCGCGUGCAGCUGCAGUCGGGACAAUCAGAAGUGCGCGUCGACUUCCCGCUGCCGAUCGUCGCUUGCAACCUCAUGAUGGAGUAUGCAGACUUCUAUGAGAACCAACAGGCCACUGGUGAAUCUCUGCAAUGUCCGAGAUGCUCACAGUCGGUGCCGGCCAAUCCCGGCGUGUGCUCCAACUGUGGCGAGAACGUGUUUCAAUGCCACAAGUGCCGCGCGAUAAACUACGACGAGAAAGACCCGUUCCUGUGUCACGCGUGCGGCUUCUGCAAGUACGCGAAGUUCGACUACACGCUGAUGGCGCGGCCGUGCUGCGCCGUCGACACCAUCGAGAACGACGAGGAGCGCAAGAAGAUGGUGCAGACCAUCGGCGCGCUGCUCGACAAGGCGGACCGAGUGUAUCGACAGCUCGUCGCCAACAAGCCGGUGCUAGAGUCCCUCUUGCACAAGAUCAGCGAGCACCGCCUUGAAGGUCGCACUGGCGAUGAGAACAGCAACGCCAGCAGCACCGCUUUCAGCGGCGCGCAGAUCAACCGAGUAAUACAGACUCUUGCGCAUAAGUACUGCGUCGAUAGCAAGGGUCACUUCGAGGAUCUUUCCAAGAUCAUACAGAAGGUGCUUGCUUGCAGGAAAGAACUAGUGUCCUACGAUAGAUCACAAAGUGAACAACUGAAAGGUGAUACAUUACCUGUUUAUGCAGGAUUGUUGCAGAACUAUGACGGUGAUGUUACCAAAGAGUGCGGCGGCGGGUGCUACGGCUGCUCGCUGGCGUGCGCGGAGCACUGCCUCACGCUGCUGCGCGCGCUCGCCUCGCAGCCCGACCAGCGCGCGCGCCUCUGCCGCUUCGGCCUCGUGCACGAGCUCGUGCACCACAACCUGCACCGCGGCACGCCGCAGUGUCAAGAAGAAGUGCGUUCUCUCAUCUGCCUGGUGACCCGUGACAAUCUGCCAGCCACUGAACAUCUGUGCAACUUGCUAUCGCAGAGGAUCACACUCUCGCUCAUGGGGCAUGCAGCUUCUCAAGACCAUAACAACUCUGUACGGCCACUGGUAGUAUUGUUGGGUUCGCUUGUUAAAGUACAAGACUCAGUCGAUUGUUGGGAGGCAAGACUACGCUGCAUCGUCAAACUUUGGGUCUGGUGUUGUCCUCAACUGACUGAAGUGGCGGGAAUAGCGCCCGCUGCUAACGCUUUACUAAGACCCGAAGCGUUGGCCGGAAUACCGGGCAUCAACACCUCUUCGCCUAAUUUGAAUUUUAUCAUCAAUUCUUUAGCUCAUCAGUUCGCGUUGCAACAAGUGGCGCUUCCGUGUCUGCGCUAUAUGCAAGAGCUGAUGGUGCCGGCCACACCCGCGCCGGCUGCGACCACCACUGAUGCUGAUCAGGCUAAGGAGUCUAAGGAAACAACAGCGACCUCUACGACCGCGCCAAUGAGCAGUGCGUUCACGUCGUCCACCGGUAACGUGGUGGUGGACCUGGCGGCGUGGCUGGCGGGGCAGGUGCCGCACGCGGAGUGGCGCCGCCUCGUGCCCACGCGCGCCGAGGCGCCGCCCGCCGACUGCGCCGCGCUGCCGCCGCGCGACCUGCACCUCGCGCACAAGUACCUCGCCAAGUGGAGGGAGAGGAUCCUGCUGUCUCACGGCAUGCGGCCGCUGUCGCUGGAGGACGGCGGCUGGCUGCGGCCGGUGAUGUUCGACCCCAGCUCGCGCAUGGCUCGCGACACCGCCUGUCAGAUGGUCAAGUCGCUGUGCGACUCAUACGAGAGGACCAAAGCCGUGCUGAUUUUGCUCACUAGUUUCUUACCCGAAGUGGGCGCGGCCGGCGAGGCGAGCGAACAGUUCUUACAGUUGUAUCAGAGUCUUGCGUCAGAAACUCCGUGGAAACAGUUCCUGGCGCUCCGCGGCGUUCUUCAACUGAUAGCCGAUCUUAUGACCAAGGAGAUUGAACAAUUACAUCGUCUGGAAGAAACCACCCUCACUUCUGAUUUGGCACAAGGCUACGCCCUCAAACGCCUCACGGAGUUGCUAGCGAUGUUCCUGGAGAGAGCGGCGCGGCGCACGUACAAGGGUCGGCUGGUGGGCGCCGUGCUCGGCGGGUACCUGUCGCUGCGCCGCCUCGUCGUGCAGCGCACGCGCCUCACCGACGACACGCAGGAGAAACUGCUCGAGCUGCUGGAGGAGAUGACCACUGGAACGGAAACGGAAACUGCAGAAUUUAUGGCAGUCUGUAUCGAGACUGUGCAGAAAUACCCGCUGCACGACUACCGCACGCCGGUGUUCAUAUUCGAGCGGCUCUGCUCCAUCAUAUACCCGGAGGAAAACGAUGUGGGAGAGUUCUUCCUCACCCUGGAGAAGGAUCCACAACAGGAGGACUUCUUGCAGGGUCGAAUGUUGGGCAACCCGUACUCGUCGCUGGAACCGGGCAUGGGACCGCUAAUGCGCGACGUGAAGAACAAGAUCUGCACCGACUGCGAGUUGGUGGCGCUGCUCGAGGACGACAACGGCAUGGAGUUGCUCGUCUGCAACAAGAUCAUGUCGCUCGACCUGCCCGUCAAGGAUGUUUACAAGAAGGUGUGGUGUACAUCGGGUGAGGGUGUAGACGCGAUGCGUGUGGUGUACCGCAUGCGAGGUUUGCUCGGCGACGCCACCGAGGAGUUUGUCGAGACGCUCAGCCAGACUAACGCGGAGGCCGUGGAUGAUGAACAAGUGUACCGCAUGGCCAAUGUGCUUGCGGAUUGUGGCGGUCUGGAGGUGAUGCUGCAGCGGCUGGCGGCGAUCGGUCGCGUGGGCGCGGCGCGCGCGCUGUGCUCCACGCUGCUGCGGCUGCUGGCGCUGUGCGCGCGCGUGCGGCGCUGCGUGCGCGUGCUCACCCGCGCCGACACGCGCGCGCUGCCCGUGCUGCUGCACGCACUCACGCUCGCCGCGCACGACGAGCGCGACAUGCCGCGCGCGCAUCUCGUCUACCAACUGCUAGAGAUUAUGGAACGUAUUCUGUCAGUCGCCGCUAGCGAGAGUCUCGAGUCAUUCUUACAGUUCUCGCUUACGUUCGGUGGACCAGAAUACGUACAGGCUCUACUUAACUGCACUGAAUGUCCUGGAAUUCGCAACAACUCAGUAGCACUCGGCCAUCUCACACGCGUACUAGCCGCGCUCGUGUAUGGCAAUGAUCUCAAGAUGGCGAUGCUGGUGGAUCACUUCAAACCGGUGCUCGACUUCGAUAGACUGGACUCUGAACAAUGGACUGAAGAGGAGUUCCGUAUGGAACUGUUCUGCGUGUUGUGUGCUAAUAUAGAGAAGAAUUCGAUUGGUGGAACGCUAAAGGAUUAUCUCAUCUCGCUUGGCGUUGUUCGCGAUGCCCUGGAGUAUAUUGUGAAACACGCGCCAUGUGUGAAACCGACUCUCGUAUGCACGGACUCCGACGAGCUGAAGGAGUUCAUCAGUCGUCCAGCGCUGAAGUACAUUUUACGAUUCCUUACCGGUCUGGCCGCCGAUCACGAACCGACUCAGAUGCUGGUAUGCGAGAAGGUGAUCCCGAUAGUGCACCGUCUGGAGCAGGUGUCGUCGGGAGAGCACGUCGGCUCGCUCGCAGAGAACCUGCUCGAGGCGCUGCGCUCGCAACCGCAGUGCGCUGCUAAAAUACAGCAAGUUCGCGAUUUCACCAGACAGGAGAAGAAGCGGCUGGCGAUGGCGGUGCGCGAGCGUCAGCUGGGCGCGCUAGGCAUGCGCAGUAAUGAGCGCGGGCAGGUCACGGCGCAGUGCUCGCUCACGCAGCAGCUCGCCGACCUGGCCGAGGAGGCCGGAGCUGUGUGCUGCAUCUGCCGCGAGGGAUAUAAGUAUCAGCCCACCAAGGUGCUCGGUAUCUACACGUACACGAAGCGUUGUCCUGUGGAGGAGUAUGAGGUGCGCGCGCGCAAGACGCUCGGCUACACGACCGUGUCGCACUACAACAUCGUGCACGUCGAGUGCCACAUGGCUGCUGUACGACUCGCGCGUGCCAGGGACGAAUGGGAGAGCGCUGCGUUGCAAAACGCGUCGACCCGUUGUAACGGCCUGCUGCCUCUGUGGGGUCCGCACGUUCCAGAAUCCGCAUUUGCUAGUUGUCUUGCUAGGCAUACUACCUACUUGCAGGAAUGCACCGGCCACCGCGACAUCGGGCACACGUGCACGCUGCACGACCUCAAGCUCCUGCUGGUGCGGUUCGCGCGCGGGCGCACCUUCCACGACGACACCGGCGGCGGCGGCCCGCUCUCCAACAUGCAGCUCGUGCCCGCGCUCGUGCACAUGGCGCUGUAUGUCAUCAACACGAGCCGUGUGGCGGGUCGUGAAGUGACUGCCCUGGAGGCUUCGUUGGCGUGGGCGCCGGCCAAAGUGCUGGAGUCCGCGCACGAGGCCGAGGGACCGCUGUACUUCAUUACUCUCAUGCUUGUGCUUUAUCCACACGCCAAAUGGCGCGCACUGAAGGUGGAGCAGUUGAAGCGGCUGCUGCUGAUGGGUCACGUGCGCGCGGCGCACCCCGCCGGGCCCGCCGUGCGCGCGCUCGCGCCCGAGCACCGCGCCGUCAAGCAGUGGGCCGACUACAAGCCCUACGCGCUGUUCGUCGCCAUCAUCGACCAGCUCUACAAUGUCAUGUUCAAGACCGUAUCAGCGACAACUGUAGACCAAUGGCCAUUAAAACUAGCAGAAUACAUCAGACACAACGACGAGGCUAACGCCAAGGCAGCGGAGCGCAUAGUGACAACUUUAACGGACGAGCUCCUGCCUUGCGCGUCAUUCGCGGAGUUCUGCGACGCGGCCGGGUUCCUCGAGCUCAUCCCUGAUCCCGACGCGUUCCUGCAGGCACUCAUCGACGAGCAACCGUGAGGCCGGCUCCGCGUGCCGCACUGCCUCAGCUACAACGGAUGCAUGGCCUGCUAACCGUCGGCUAUAGGUAGUGAUCGUCAUGAAAUAUAGUGGUUUAAUCCAUAUCCAAAGUGCACGACAGAAUUCGGACUCACAUCAGUGUUAUGUGCUUGUAUCUACUGCUUUUAAAUUGAAUCCUAUAUCUCAUGUAACUGAAUCAAUAUGUAACUAGAAAUUGUAUUUAAUUAAAUUAUUCUACAUGUAUCCCUCGUACGCUUUGGUAGUUUGACAAUUCAAUAUAUUCGGUGUUUUGUUUGGUUAAUAAAUAGUUUCAGCUUCAAA